AGCUUGGCGCGGGCGGUGGCGCGGGCGGUUAAGCGGCGGGCUGCACAAGGAGCAGGAACAAAUGAUGAGGAAGAAGUGCGUCUCUUGGCUUUGAUUGCAAAAGAAAACUAUAAAAAUACUGAUCAAUGCAAAGACAAAGUGGAAAAAUAUUGCAAAACGUUAACAGAUGCAGGAUUAAAUCCAGAAAAGGUUCACGAAAAAUUAAAAGAUUUCUGUAAUAACGGGAAACAAAAUAAAAAAUGUCAAGAUUUACAAACCAAAGUUACGGGGAAAUGCACAUCUUUUCAACAAAAACUAAAAACUGCUUUAACAAAUCCAUCAGAUGAUAAUUGUAAAGAAAAUGAACAACAAUGCUUAUUUUUGGAGGGAGCGUGUCCAAAAGAGCUUAAAGACGAUUGCAAUACUUUGAGAAAUAAGUGCUAUCAAAAGAAGCGUGAUAAAGUGGCGGAAGAAGCUCUUUUAAGAGCGCUCAGUAAUGAUCUUGAAAAUGAGACUAAAUGUAAAGAGAAAGUUAAAAAUGUUUGUUUUGCAUUAGCUGAAGAAAGUGAUGAGUUAAUGCAAAAGUGUUUCAAUACAGACUCUCUAUGCACAUCUCUAGUAGCAUUAGCAAGAGAAAAGUGUGAAUCUCUGAAGACAAUGAUAAAAAAUGUGCUAACUAUUGAUGGGGAGUUGCAAAAGAAAGGGCAUUCUUUACUUGAGAAAUGCUACUUUUAUGGACCAAGCUGUAAAGGUAGUAAAUGUGGUGAUUUGAAGGAAAAAUGCAAGAAAGAAGAAAUCAUUUAUCUACCUCCAGACUCUGAUUUUGAUCCUACAAGGCCAGAGGCUACGCUAGCAGAAAAAAUAGGUCUAGAAAAGCUUUAUAAGGAAACAGUAACACAAGGAGUUGUAAUUGAAAGAGCACCAGAAAGAGAUAUUGUUGAUCUAUUAGUGUUUCUGUCAGAGAGCAAGCCUUUUAAUGAAGCUCAAUGCAAGGAAGUACUCACUAAUAAAUGUGAUUCUAUUCAAUAUCUAGCAAAAGAUUUAAAAGAUUUAUGUAAAGAUAAAAAUAAUUAUACAGAUAAAUGUAAAGAAUUUAAAAAUGAGUUUGAAGAAAUAAAGCUCGCUUUGACUGCAAAAUUUAAAAUCAGACAAUUUAAAGAUGAGAUUGCAUUAUGGGAUGAAUUACCAAGUCUCCUUACUGAAAAUGACUGCACAAGAUUACAAUCAGACUGUUUUUAUUUUGAAAAUCAACAGUCUUUCGAGAAACAAUGUAAGAAUGUUAAGGCAGCGUGCUAUAAAAGAGGGCUCUAUGCAUUAGCAAACCAAGCAUUACAGGACAAGCUGCGAGGAAAGUUUUAUGAUACAAAUGACCCAUUGUUUAGAAAGCUUCAAAAAGAGUUAGUAAAGGAAUGUGCGAAUCUGAAAGGAGAGAGUGACGAGUUAUUUGUAUUGUGUGUACAACCAACAGAAGCAAUUUUUAUAUUAUUAAACGAUUUGCGUAUAAAAACGGAAUUAUUACACGAAGAUUUGAACGAAAAACGGGAUUUUCCUACCAAGCAGGAUUGCUGGGAAUUACAAAAGAAAUGCGAUAAUCUAAAACAAGACUUUAAAGGACUUGAAUGGCCCUGUCAUACGCUGGAGCAUCAUUGUAAUAGACUAAAUGUUGUAGGACAAUUAGAAGAGAGGCUAUUGGAAGGAAAAAUAAAAGAUUUAAAAAAUAAAACCGUCUGUAAAGAGAAUGUCGAAGAACAAUGCAAUCAUUGGGUUAAAAAAAGGAAAAUACAGUUUGCUCUUGGAUGUGUAGCACAGAAUGCUACUUGCAAGAUCAUCACAGAAAGCGUAGACUCUAAAUGCAUUGCAUUGAAAGAAAAUAUGAAUACUCUAAAAGUUGUAGACAGAGCAGAAAAAAAACAAGAAAGAGAAUCAACCUGUAAUUUUUGGGAACCGUAUUGUGACAAAUUCAUGUUUAGCUGCGAUAACUUAAUAGCUAAUGGUAAUGGAGAGUGUGAGAAACUUAAAAAGAAUUGCGAGUCAUACAGAGAAAGAUAUAACCUGGAAACACAAGUUAUGUACGAGUUUAGAGGAAAGCUUAAGAAAAAAAAGAACUGUAGAACAACUCUUGAUCAAUAUUGUACACAGUGGAGUAAGACAAAAAACAGUACACUGGAAAGUCUAUGUACUGACAAGGGUGGCAAUAAUGAUACAAUUAGGGAUGAUUUAUGUAAAAAACUAGUGAAACGAGUAGAGGCAAGAUGUGCAGAAUUGUUUACGAAAUUGAAGACAGCGAAAGAAGAGAUAAAAAUAAAAGUAGAAGAAGUCAAAAAAUUGAAUAAAGAAGCAAAAAAAGCAUCAGAAGAUGCAAAACUUGUUUUAUCAUCAUUAAAGAAAAAUGAAGUGAAUUCAGAGAAAAACGCAAGUAACAAUCAAAAUAAACCAGUAGGAGGAGCAAAUACGACACAAAAGACACAAGUCAGACUUGUUCGGAGAGGAACAGUCGAAGUACUUGUCACCGAGGCAGAAGUUGAAGCCUUCGAUGCAGUAUCAAGAGCACUGGAGGCGUAUGUGGAAGUCAAUGAAGAAUGUAAAGUUUUGAAAUUAGAAUGUGGGUUUAAAGAAGAAUGCCCAACAUUAAAAAAUGCAUGCAGUGAAAUUGAGAAGGCAUGCAACGAAUUGAAGUCAUUGGAAGUGAAACCAUACGAAGUAGAAACAACGACAACAACCACCACGACCACAACCACCACUACAACAACAAAGACAGAGGGAGAAGGAAAGGCAACAGACUGCCAGUCUCUACAGACGACAGACACAUGGGUCACAAAGACGUCGACUCAUACCAGCACAUCUACGACUACGUCCACAGUCACAUCAAGAAUAACGUUGACCUCGACGAGGCGGUGUAAGCCUACGAAGUGUACGACAGGAGAGGAAGAUGAAGCAGGAGAGGUGAAGCCGAGUGAGGGGCUGAGGAUGAGUGGGUGGAGUGUGAUGAGGGGGGUGCUAGUGGCGAUGAUGAUUUCAUUCAUGAUUUAA